AUGUUAUAUUCUAUUCGUGAGAGUGAAGCUGAAGGCAAUAUAUCUACAGAUUCAUAUACAGCAAACAAAUCUCUUAAUUAUGAUACUAUUUUCACAAAAAAGAGUUCCAGUCGAUCUCUACCAAAAACAUAAAAAGAUUUUGAUGAAGAAAUAUAAAUUUUGAAUGAUGUUAUAAUUUAAUUGAGAAAGGUAGAACAAAUACUUCUCAAUCAAAUUAAAGAUCUUAAAAGUUAAUUAGAAGAACAAUACAAACAUUCAAAUAAACAUCAAGAAUAUAUAGAUGAAUUAAAUAAAGAAUUAAAUAAAUUAUCUAAUAAAUUACAUCAUGAAAUAAUGAAUAAUAGUUAAUAAUAAAAAACUAAUAUUGAAUUACAAAAGUCCAUUCUUAAAUUAGAAUAAGAUUUAAUUACAAGUAAUUAAAAAAAUUAAGAUAUUUCAGAAGAAUUGCAAAAAAUAAAGUAAUAUUAUAUUAAGGAAGAUCUAAAUAUUCCCAUGAACAUAAAUUUGUUGAAUCUUUAUUACAUAUGGUGA